CAGGCUCCUACCAGAAAGAAGUGGUCCAAGGGCAAGGUUAAGGACAAGGCCCAGCACGCUGUCGUCCUUGAGAAGCAGGUCGCCGAGCGCCUCAACAAGGAUGUCCAGUCCUACCGUCUGAUCACUGUUGCCACCCUGGUCGACCGUCUCAAGAUCAACGGCAGCUUGGCCCGCCAGUGCCUUGCUGACCUCGAGGAGAAGGGCCAGAUCAAGAAGGUUGUCAGCCACUCCAAGAUGACCGUCUACAGUAUGUUCCUAUCCUCCCUUUUGGUUUUCUCGGUGCGAGAACGCUCUCUAUGUGAGGGUAAAUGCUGA